AUGGGCAAGCUUUCUCAAAUCCUCUUCCUUACGGCCUCGGCGGGGCGGGUCUUCGCCUCUUGCGCCUAUGGAACACACCUGAUGCCCAGAGCGGAGGAGGGUGAAGCUGUUCCAGUGGCUACCUUUGGGUAUACUGGCAUCACCGGCCCUCACAACUGGGCUGCCCUUGACAGCCCCGCGAACAAUGUCUGUGCCACGGGCACCACACAAUCGCCUAUCGACAUGGUGGACAGCGUCUUUGAGUUGAUCGAUGCCUCAGCCCUCUCAAUAGAAGUCAACGACAUGCCAGAGGGUGCCGACUUUGAGAACCUCGGGUCUACAGUCGAGGUCAUCACCCAGGGUGGCACACUCUCUUUCGACAACAAGACCUUUGAGCUGCAGCAAUUCCACUUCCAUCUUCCCAGCGAGCAUCUGGACAACGGCACAAGUCAAGCCAUGGAAAUGCACAUGGUCUGGCAAUCCGCCGAGGGAGAGAUCGCCGUCGUUGGCGCCUACAUCAACAUCGCUACCGGGGCGGUCGCCUCGGCCUCGGUCAAGCGGGGCCUCAACACCCGCAGCCGCCUCUUCCAGAGACAAGCCGAAGCCAACGAGACUGCCCCCGUCGCCGGCACCGAUGCCCCUACCGUCCUCCUCGAGACCAUCUUCAGCGUCGUCGACCAGAUCUCCACCCCCGGCACCAAGGUCAAGACUCCCCCUCUCGUCAUGUCCGAGGUGGUUGACCUCCUCAAGGCCGGCCAGUUCCAGGCUUACAGCGGAUCCCUCACCACCCCUCCGUGCAGCGAGGGCGUCAACUGGAGGGUGUCCACCUCCAAGCUGAGCAUCUCGCCUUCCUCCUUCAUCAAGGCUCGGGACGUCAUCGGGUUCAACUCGCGCUUCCCUCAGAACACGCCCGGCCAGCCGAACAUCCUCAUGAUCUCUGCUUUGGGGGCCGCCGCCGCCGCGGUCUCGGCUGUCGGUGCGGGUGCUGCUUAA